CUUUUCGUGCAAGUACUGAAUGUUUUGCCGUCUUUAUGCUCUUCUUUCGAAUAAAUGAUGCUGGAUAGCGUCUCUGAACGAAGUAUGCAACUAAACACAAACAUCAAAUCAGCUGUGUUUGAUUUUUAGAAAUGGCGAGAGAUAAUUAUACCGUUGAGACGGACAUUGCGUCAGCUUCACGUGCAGGGAGCAUAUCACGUGACUUCUGGGCAAUAAAGAGGACGCUGCUGGUGGUCUUUUUGCCCCUGGUGCUUUUACCUCUACCCAUACUCUCGGACUCUACGGAAACAAAAUGUGCCUACGGCCUUGCCCUUAUGGCCGUGUUUUGGAUCACGGAGAGCCUCCCCCUGGCGGUGACCGCUCUUCUGCCCAUGGUUGUCUUCCCUUUGUUCGGGGUCAUGAAGGCGACUGACGUUGCCGGGAACUAUAUCAAGGAGACCACCAUGUUUGGUUUUGGCGGCCUUACAAUCGCCAUUGCCGUGGAGAACUGUAGACUGCACAAGAGGAUCGCUCUCAAGACGCUUACCCUGGUCGGCGCCCAGCCUAGGUGGUUGAUGCUUGGUUUCAUGCUGCCGACGUGGUUCCUGUCAAUGUGGAUCAGCAACACCGCCACCACCGCCAUGAUGACCCCCAUCGUGAGCGCCGUCAUCGACGAACUCCGACAAAUCAAUCAGCGAUCAAGAGAGGGCCAAGUGGAGAAUGCCAUCGAUAUGGAACAAGGGAUGACCAACGGUGGCUACGUCGGGGACAAAUUCGACAACCUCGGGGAUAAAGUCGACACUCACAUAAAUGGCGAAGUCUCAGCAGAUACACAUCCUGAAGAAACGAAAGCCAGCACCACAGGGAUAAAUGUAACAACGCCCCCUCCCACGCCCUUCGACCCCACCGACCGAAGCCACGACUCCCCCGAGUUCAGUAGACUCUGCAAGGGCUUUUGUCUCUGUGUCGCCUACGCUGCCAACGUGGGCGGCACUGGGUCGUUGUCGGGGUCUGGACCUAACCUCAUCAUGAAGGGUCAGGCGGAUAUAAUUUUCGAAAAGUACGGUCUUGAUUCGGGCGUGAAUUUCCUCACAUGGAUGAUAUUCGCCCUGCCGGGGUCGGUGAUCUGCUUAACGUUGGCGUGGAUGUGGCUGCAGACGUUGUUCCUUGGGAAGAAGUCGCUGUUGUGCUGCAUGUCAAAGACGGGUGAUGGCCAGAAGAGAGUGACAGCCGUCAUUAAAGAGGAAUAUAAAAAACUGGGCAAAAUGUCUUUUGCUGAAGCCGGCGUUCUCGUCCACUUCGUCACGCUGGUGUUGGCGUGGCUGACGCGGAACAUCCCCUACGUCGGGGGGUGGGACCAGUUCCUCCCCGCGGGGUAUGUUGGAGACUCAUUGGCUGCCAUUUUGAUCUGCGUCAGUCUGUUCGUCUUUCCGUCCACACGUCCGUCAGUUUUUUGUUGGCGAAAAUCAGGUGCGCCCUCACAGUCCGUGACCCCACUGCUGACCUGGAACGUCGUGCAGAACAGGUUCCCCUGGGGGGUGCUGCUGCUCAUCGGGGGAGGGUAUGCUCUCGCUGAUGCCUGUGAGAAAUCAGGGCUGUCUCAGUGGAUCGGCAACCAGCUGACAGUGUUCAGCUCCAUGGACCCCAGCCUCAUGAACCUGGUGCUGACGUUGUUGGUAGCAGCGGCUACCGAGGUGACCAGCAACAGCGCAACGGCAGCAUUGUUGUUACCCAUCAUGGGGAAUCUGGCCCUGUCUCUGAACAUGAAUCCCUUGUUCCUGAUGUUCCCUUGCGUGAUCGCAACCUCAUUUGCCUUCAUGCUGCCAGUGGCAACACCGCCGAACGCCAUCGUGUUUGCUAACGGUUACAUCAAGGUGUCAGACAUGGCAGUGGCUGGUUUUGGUAUGAACGUGGUGUGUGUGUUGGUGCUGGCCCUAGCAACCAACACGUGGGCCGACGCCUACUUUGAUCUGUUCACACUUCCGCAGGGGUUUCCUGCGAAUUCGUCUGAAGCUGUUCUCUAAAACUGUGGACUAAAACUGUGGACUAAUACUGAGGAGUAACACUGUGGAGUAACACUGUGGAAUAAUAGUGUGGUUUAUGAAGCUACUUGUACACAUCAGAACUCAUAGCAACACCAUUCGUCCACAGUUGCAGGUCUCCGAUGGGCUACGAGAGUGGCUAGGAUCCCUGUUCGUAUACAAACUUCCUUUUGGCAAAUUUGUUUCACUCUGAAAUGUGCUGGUGUACCACACACGCGCGCGCAAGCACGCACUCGCAUAGGGUGCCAUGGCCCUUUUUUCUCAAAUCGAUCUUAGUGAUGAGACUAAAAUACUCUGUUAAUCAGGGGGGCCAAAGGGCUUCACCUGCCAUCAAAUGAUGGUGGGGCACCAUACAUCGGUUGUAUGACCAUAUGUCAGUACAAUGUUGGUGGAGAACCAAUAAUAUUUGCAUAAUUUACGCGAGAAGGCCUUUAGCGUCAGUAGGUCUCCGGAAAACCUGACAAUGUCUAGCUAUUGAUAUUGUUAAUCCUGGCUGAUAUGAUGACAUAUACCUUAAAUGUCAUCCUGAUUGAUCACACCUCAGGUAAACAAAUCAUUGUGAUCAAAACCCACUUCAAGUCACCAAGGAUAUGUGAUCAACACCCACAUUAAGUAGCCAAUCACUUGUGAUCUUCAACCCCAAACCAACCAAGCGUAGUUAACACCACAAUUAACAAAUCAUGUGUGACUGAGUCUCCAGUUGUUCUUGGCUUGUGAAUCUAUAUUUUCAAGCUUCUCUCCACCAGAAAGACGCCAAAGGUCUGGUCUGAGCCAUGAUCGAUUUCAAUCAAGAGCAAAAGUGGUAAUUAAUAAUAAUAUGUUAUCCAUAUAUGUUAUCCGAGUUUAAGAAAGAGAUGAGUUUAUAUAUUUUUCGUGAAGUGAAUAGAAGGGUGUAAGGCAUCGACAACAACAACAACAACAACAACAAAAACGUUUAUUUCGCUUCAAGGUCAUACCUAUGGCAUUUUGAAGGUACGCACAAUAUAUUUAUGUGACACGAGGUAUAAGGUAUAACUGUGACACAAUCCUACAUUUAAUGAAAUAGAUUAAGGAUUUCUUUUACAAACUGUGCCAGUUUUCUUUGUUCCAAUAAGCUUUCAGUAUUUAAUAGCAUAUCAAGUAAUAUCACACAAGGUCAUGUAAAAUAUUUCUUGUAAAUAUAUAAUUUACUCAAGUUAUGCGAAAAAGAACACAUUAAUAAACAGUUAUACUCGUCAGCUAAAUCAUUUUUAUUACAGUGACAACUGUUACAACCGCCUUCCCGUGGUAUAUUUUCCCAUCGCUCCGUUUCUGUUGGUAAUCUAGGAUUAGUGGAUCUGAUUUUUAUAGUAGGGAUACUAUGUUUUAAGGGUAGUCACAGCAGAUAACCUUAAGCUGUAUUUAAUGUUUAAAUAAUAGAAUACUGCCUUUGAAAAUGUGUUUUUCAAACAUGUCCAUAUCUGGCUAAUCUAAUCAAAGAUACGUUGUUUGAUAUCUCAGUUUAAUACAAUUAGGAGAUAAACAUACUGUGUUUUCAAUGUAGAGCUAGGUUACCUGGAGAUUUAACCGCGCUAAAUUGAAUUUGGAACCGAACGCGCAGCGUGAGGUUUCAAAUGUUAAUUUUAGU